AUGACUAACAAGGACGAAAAGAAGAAAGACGAUAAAAGCCUCAAAAAAGACGAUAAAACUACUGCCUUUCUGAAAGAUUUUUUAGCGGGAGGUAUUUCAGCAGCAGUUUCAAAGACCGCUGUUGCACCGAUAGAACGAGUGAAAUUAAUUUUGCAAGUGCAACAUGUUUCUAAACAGAUUACAGAAGAUAAGCGAUAUAAAGGGAUCUUGGACGCACUCGUGCGUAUACCUAAGGAGCAAGGAAUAUUGUCAUUUUGGCGGGGAAAUUUAGCGAACGUUAUCCGAUAUUUUCCGACGCAAGCUCUCAAUUUUGCAUUCAGGGAUGUAUACAAAAAGAUUUUUCUGGAAGGUGUCGACAAAAAUGUUAGUUUUUGGAGAUAUUUUGCUGGGAACCUGGCGUCUGGCGGUGCGGCUGGAGCGACUUCGUUAUGUUUUGUAUAUCCUUUAGAUUACGCGCGAACUAGGUUAGCGGCUGACGUCGGUAAAGGAAAGGACAAAGAAUUUAAAGGCUUGAUUGAUUGUUUACUCAAAACUCUAAAGUCGGAUGGUCCAAUCGGCCUUUAUCGCGGAUUCAUUGUUUCUGUUCAAGGAAUUAUCAUUUAUCGAGCUACUUACUUUGGUUUUUACGACACUGCCCGUGGUAUGCUGCCGGAUCCUAAAAACACGCCGCUUCUCAUAUCGUGGCUUAUAGCACAGACUGUGACAACUUUCGCUGGCAUUACGUCGUACCCACUGGAUACUGUAAGGCGAAGAAUGAUGAUGCAGUCGGGACGACCUGUGCACGAGCGGCAGUAUAAAAGCACUGCUCACUGCUGGGCCACAAUCCUUCGCACCGAAGGUCCAAGAGCCUUCUUCAAGGGCGCCUUCUCGAAUGUACUACGAGGCACUGGAGGCGCUUUCGUUCUAGUGUUGUACGAUGAAAUUAAGAAAUUUUUGUAA